AUGCCCGUCAUUCUCCCCGGCGAACGCGUCCCGGCCUCACACGUAAACCUCAAGCUGGGACCUGGUCUCAUCCAAUCACCCGCCUCGACAGUCUUGAGCACACGCGCAGGCGACCUCCAACACUCUGCGAACAAUGCACGAUGGUGGAUCGAGAAUAACUCGGCGCGGCGGUACGUGCCCGCGCCGCAAGAACCGGUAGUUGGUACUGUGGCGCUAAGAGCGGGCGAGGGGUACCGCGUCGAUAUUGGCGCGGGACAGUUCGCGACGUUGGACGGGCUGGCGUUCGAGGGCGCUACGAAGCGCUCGAAACCGAAUCUCAAGAUCGGAUCGCUAGUUUACGCCCGCGUGAGCCUCGCGAACAAAGAUAUGGACCCCGAGAUCGAGUGCUUUGACGCCCAGACGCGCAAGAGCGAGGGUUAUGGCGAGCUCAAAGGCGGAUUCGUUACUUCUUGCAGUCUCAAGAUGUGUCGCAAUUUACUCGACCCGAAGCACUACUUGCUUCCUCUACUGGGUUCGAAGUUCCCGCUUGACGCGGCUGUGGGUGUCAACGGGAGGGUAUGGGUCAGCUGUAAAGAACCGAAGCAGACGAUUGCGGUUGUCAGGUGUAUCGAAGCUGCGGAUCCUGAAGGAGGCGGGAAGGAAGAGAAUGCGGUCAAGGCGUUCCUCGCCAGUCUCGAUGUAUAG